CUGCCUGUCUCCGUGCGUGGGUGCGCGACAGGUCAGUCGAUGUCACUGUCGUAGCAUCGCAUUGCGCACUGCCAGGAGCACACGCGAACAUCCGAGGCCUGUGGCUCUCGGAUACUACCGCAGUGGCAAUGACUGUAUUCACUAGACAUGUGGCUCGCUUCAAAUUGCCCACCGGGUCGGGUCGUCGAACCAGACAAAUCUUACAUGUACCCCAGAUGACGCGCCGUGUUUGGCCCCCACUCCAACCGGCCUUCUCUUCCACCUCGCGCGCUUUCCGGGAGUCGGCACCCAUCUCUGGCUCUGAGUCGCCCCCAAAGCCUGGGGAUGCUCCACAGUCUCUCUUCAACAAGGCGAUAGAGUCUGCCGUUACCACGUUUGCGUCGGUGCUGGUGCUCGGCGUGGGGUUUGCUGCCGCCGGCUAUGUCUACCACAAGGCCUACAAGCAUAUGCAGCUAGCUAAGAUGGAGAACGCCUUUAAGCCUGGCGAUCCGGUCUUGGAGCUGGCCGCCUUUGGAAAGGAGAUACCUUCUCCACCUAUGCCCCAGCAUUGGGUACAGCGUGAAGAGCAAAGUAAGAUCGAUGCCAUCAUUGACGGAUCAGAAAGGGGCCACUACUAUCUUAUUAUGGGUGACAAGGGCUGUGGCAAAAGCAGUAUGCUGCUAGAAGGCAUGCGAAAGAUAGAGGGCGAAGGCUGCGCUAUGUUCGAAGCUCAUUCUGACCUAGAAUUGUUCCGGAUACGACUCGGUAAGGCUCUUGACUACGAAUUUCAUGAAGACUACAUCGGCGGCUACUUCAGCGAGCGGGGACCGCGGGAUACCACCGCCCUUCUCGAUAUUGAGCGCGCCAUGAACAAGCUGGAAAAAGUCGCUCUCCGGCAUCGCGAGAGGAAGAAAAAACCUCUCAUCAUCAUUAUAAACCAGACCCAGCUGAUUCGCGAUGACGAGGACGGGCGGGAUCUCCUUGAACUCCUCCAGCAAAGGGCGGAGCAGUGGGCCGCUGCGAACCUUGUCACAAUGAUUUUUAAUACAGACGACUACUGGGUGUUUGAGCGCUUCAAACAGCUAGCAACCAGAAUGGAAAUCAUUCCUGUGAUGGACUUGCCCAAGCAACAAGCACUAUCGGCAUUGCAGCGGUAUCGAUUCCGCUAUUUCAAGGAGAUACUCGAUAACCAGAUUCUGGAAGAUGUUUAUGACCGUGUCGGUGGGCGCCUUUCGUUUUUGAACCGGGUCGCAAAGUCCCGAGAUAUGCUAGGCACGUGCGACAGUAUAAUGGAAACCGAAAAGACGUGGUUCCUAAACCAAUGCUGGAUCCUGGGCUCCGAAAUGGACGAUGAUGUGAUGGAUCAGCAAAAAUGGGCUUCAGCGGCGAUGGUACUCGCACAAGCGCUUGUAGACAAGGAGGAGGAGAUGGAUAAGACAUACGAUGCUGAAACUGGACAUGUCCUCCCGAGCUACGCAAUGCAUAAAGCCCAGCAGAUCAUGACCAGAUCUGAUUUCAUCCGAGAACUCGAUCGAUUAAACCUCUUCACCAUUACCAGUUCAGCGCAGGUUCGCGCUAGCUCUGUGCCGAUGCAUCGAGCUUUCAAGGAGAUCUGUGCCGAGCCCGGCUUCCGGCAAUAUCUUACGGAUACGUUAGAUCGAAUCGCGGAUAUUGAAAGCUUGGGCCGCACACGAGAACUGGUAGCCAAGGAUCUCGUAUUAGGUGGUAUGUAUAAUGUCUCCAAGGCCCCAGGUGUAAGCGGCAAAUUUGAAGUCAAGUUGGAGCAAAAAGGAGAAGAACAUGAAGGCGAGACUUAAGAUGUUGAGAUUCGACGAACGAAGGUUGUAUCGAUUAUCUAAUGUGCUGAUGACCAGCAUGCUCUCGUUUGUAUGUAUUCAUAUGCUGUACAAAUCGUCUCCAUACCGACUGUACAUUAUUGUGUGAGUUUAAGCGAUACAAGCGAGGCUUUGGAAGAUAUAGAU